AACAAACUCAUCUGUGCACAUUCUGAGCAAUCUGUUUACAGCCCUAUCUUGUUCAAUUUCAUUACCCCGCUUCCCUGUUAUAAGCUCAGUAAGAGAAAAUGGGCAACACUUCUUGCUGCUGUUCAUGCUCUCCUUCCCAACAAGAUUAUCAAGAUGUUAUCAAUCAUCUGGAAGUAGUGCAAGAGAUAAGCCACAUUGAUGAACUGAUUUCUUACAUUGAUCAGCUCUUAAAUGCCAUUGAUCAGGGAAGAGUCAAUUCAACUGCCGGCCUUUCCAAGACGAAUCGGGUGGGUUCUUCUAUCAAUUCUGCUGGUGGUCUACUGGAGAAAGUAUUGAAGCGAUCUCACAGUCAUGUAUGCAAGAGGGACAUUGUGCCAAAUCUCAAUCGUGAAACAGGAAAAUUGGCCAUUGAUAUAACAAAACAAGCAGCACAUAUUCAGUGGGUUGGAAUAGCGCUUUCAGUUGUAAGUUUUGUGUUGGAACGUAUAGAACAAGUUUCUUCCAACAGAGACGAAUGUAUACAGCUGCUGAGAUACAUGUGUAACCUUGCGAAAUAUAUCAAGCAGUUGGAUGAUCAUUUGGCUCAAGAGAAGCUGAAUCGGAUCAUCCGAUUCAUUGUAGAAGGCUCCCUCCUCUGCAUAUCGCAAAUGCAAUCUCAUGCACUUUCCAAGUUUUUUGCUGCUCCGGUUGCGGCUGAUGAUUUGCGGAGAUUGCAAGCAGAGCUUGGGCAUGAGUACUCAGAGCUCACAUUGGAAGCAGUAAUCGCCGUUUUGAAUAGGAGUGCAGAAGUUUUGAAUAGGAUUCCAGUUGUCUUGCCUCCCUCUCAAGGAACAUAUCCUCAAGCAGUUGGUAUUGAGGAAGUCAAAUAUCGUGUGACUGAACUUCUAGAUAUGAAAAGUCAGUCAAUCAAGGCAGUGGUUAUUUAUGGGCAAGGUGGGAUAGGUAAAACAACAUUAGCCACUGCAAUUUUCAACAAACUGGACCUACAAAACUACAAAUUUUGCAGAGUUGAUAUAGAGCAGAAUUGUUCAGAGGCUGAUCUUAAGUUGCUCCAACAACAAAUUUUAAAAGAUCUUUAUGCCCGUUAUAUUCAAUUAAGAAAUUUGAAUGAAGGCCGGGAAGUGUUAUCUAAGGAUUUUAAAGAAUGCUCCUCUAAACCUGUCUUCAUUUUUCUUGACAAUGCACUAAGAGAAAGUGACCUAGAAAAACUGUUGCCUAUAAGUGACUUGGCGUUCCUUCCAGCACAGAGCAGGAUUCUUUUAACAACUAGAAACCUGAACGAGACUCAAAUAAUUCGGCAAGCAAAAAUUGAAUUCCUUUAUUACCGUGUAGCUUCUCUUCAACAAGAAGAUGCACGGAAACUCUUCUGUGAGUUUGCUUUAGAGAAUGACCAAACAAGUUUUGACGCCACCAUAGAUGUUGAGGGCCUCCUUCAAAUAUGCCAAGGAAUUCCACUGGUUCUAAAAAUUGCUGGAGCAAACUUACGUGCACAUGCUCAGAACAUACAAACUUUAAGGGACACAGUUGAAUAUCUCAAGACAUGGCUGUUGCAAGGAGCAGAGAACGAGUUAAGUGAACGAAUGGUUGACUUUGUAUAUAAUCAAUUGAAGCCCUCAUGUAAAGAGGUGUUUCUUGACAUAGUGUUCUUCUUUACUAAUUGGAAGCGAGACCAGGUGGCCUAUACUGUUGGAGAGACAGAGUUUGAAGAGCUUGAAAGGGCUGCACUUGUAAAUGUGACGAAUGGCAAAGUGAAUGUUCACGAUAUAGUGAAAGCACGAGGGAGAAUGCUGUCAUCAAUAGAUGGGGAGAGAAUCACUGACCUACAGUCUCUCUCGGAUGUUCUUGAUGAUGAAGAGAGGAUAAAGAAAACGAAGGGAAUUGCUCUUGACUGGGAAUCAUUCGAACUGGAGGGACGUCGUCUUAACUUAAUGAAGAGAUCUUUAAGAGUUUUAAUCUUGACAGGAUCAACAAAAAUAGUAAAUGGAGAAUGCAAAGGAACCUUUGAAAACCUAAGGUUGCUCAAGAUCGAUAGCUUUAAUCAUUCAUUUAUGGAUGUCAAUAAACAUCGGAGAUUGGCAGGAUUCAUUUUGUCGCCCGGCGGAUGCAUUGAAUUUGACGAGUUCGCCGGCAUCUUCCCAUCUUCAUUGAAAUAUAUGUACAUAGAAGGUGCUACAUUAGUUAAUCUUACCACCACCCUUUCCCAAAUUCAGUCUUUGCGUUCUCUAACAUUGCGGAGCUGUAUAGGGUUUGAUAGCCUGCCAGACAGUUUUUGCAAUUUAUCUUCUUUAAAUGAAUUGGAUUUAAGGCUUUGUUCCAGCUUGGUGAGCCUUCCUGACAGUUUUGGCAAUUUAUAUGGUUUGGUAAACUUAAAUUUAAACAAAUGUAGCCACCUCUCUGUGCUGCCAGAAAGUUUCGGAAAUCUCGCUUCUCUGGAGUGCUUGGUGUUGUAUCACUGUCAGAAGCUCUCGAAUCUACCUCGAAAUUUUGGUCAGCUGAAGUGUUUAAAAUUUGUGAGCAUACAUGGAUGCAGGGCAUUACAGAGCCUCUCUGAUGAUUUCGAAUGUUUGAGUUCACUAAUUGCUGUCAAGGCUUCAGAAUGUCCUCAACUUGAGGAAAAUACAAUGGACAAGUUAGCUAAGGUGAAGGGAUUGAUGAUUGUGGAUAUAUAUCGAAGCCCUCUGUUGAAAGAGCGGUGGGAACAAGUGAAGGGGCAAUACUCUUUGGCAGUAUUGGAGUACGGACUACUGGGUGAGAUGUAUGAAAUAGAGUACCCAUAUGAAGAUGUAAUGUGUAGAGCAUUUUUGCACAGCGAGUCAAAAUUCGUGCAUGUUGAUGACAAUGGGCAGCUCGUGGAAUCGCCUAGUCCGGCGGAUGGGGUAAAGCUGUGGCUCUUGUUGAAGGAGUGCGAUGUGAAUGUGAGAUAUUCAGCAUCAUCAUCAUCAAAUAGCAGAUGUUGGGAAUCAGUGAAGAAGAAAUGGGAGGAGUUGGUGGGUUCGGAGGGUGGGCAAAUUAUUUAUGUGGAUAUGGGAGGGUCAUGGGAGGAAAGGGAAACGCGUGUUCAGCAAGCUCUCCCCCAUUUGCCCAACGGCACUUGUGCCUGGAUUGCUCCUGACAACAGGGCAAGGCUAUCGUUUGCCUAUUCCGUGCAGCAUUAUUACACAAAACAUUUCGCAGUGAGCAGGGAGGCCGAAAAGGGGGUUGAGAAUUGUAUCGUGAGCACAUCAAUAUGUGUGGAUGAAGAGGAAAGGAGGCGGCUCGAUGACCUCAAAUUCAUACUCCCCGACCUUCCUAAUACACCUCCUUUUGAAAAAACUGACUACAAAAACUUUUCUGACCAAUUACUCUCCCCUAUUGUGGAAGCAAGGAGGUUUGUGUUUCCUUCAUUAACCAUCUCUUUUAUUGUAUCGUUCUAGUGACAUUAUGGACCGGGCUUUCUACCAGGCCAUUAAUUGUGUAUAAAAAUUCAAUACAAAGACAAAGUUGUGCGCAAUUAUUCUCCCUUCUUUUCAAGCCUUGGAUUUUGUAUGAUGGUGGCUUCCAAAAAAAUUUCAUCCCAAAGAAGCCCUUAAUUUUAUU